AGGAUAAGACAAAUGAAGAAAUUGAAAGGAAAAUUAGACGCCUGGAAAGGGAAUUAUAUUCACGAAAAACAUGGACGCCCACGCCAAAUUUUCUUCCGAACGAAGAUCGUGACGACUCUUCCUAUAAUUUCCGAGGUGAAGUGGAGCUUGACGUGUACCCUUUCGGCGACGAAAAUGAGACACCUGAGUCUUUACAUACGGUUGCCGAAGUUCAUGCAAAAAAUACAUGCCUUCCUCCUGAAGUUAUGGCGGAAGAUUCGCAACAUAUUCCAGACAACGCAAAAUCAGUGCUAGACUCAGAUAUGAUAACAGAAGAAUCAGUCCCUGAAGAAAUCAUGCAGAUACUUGGUGAGGCUAAGAAAACAGAAGAGAUCUUCGGAAAGAAAAUUCCGCAAGGAGUCUCUGAAAAAUUGGGAAAAAUCUUGGUCGAGGGUCUUGCCAAAGAACAAAAGGAAAUUUUACUUACCCAAAAAUUAAUAAUACCAGAGAAUUUUCAGCUGGUGAAGGCGCCCAAACUAAAUCCAGAAGUGGCUUCAGUACUUACCGACCCAGCUAAAAAUAGAGACAAACGGCUUGAAAAGCUUCAGAACCAAUUAGGUUUGGGUAUAGCGGGUCUAGUUAAUUUGACAACGGAAUUAAUCAAUAAGGAGGUUGAUAAGAUGGCUAUAAUUAAGAAAAUAUCAGAAGUGAAUCAAAUACUUCUUGAUCUCCACUAUGAGGAGACAUUGGGUCGUAGACGAUUAAUUAUUCCUAUGUUGGAUAACAAAUUUAUUAAUAUUAUACAAAGUGUGAAACGCGACCAAUUUCUUUUUGGAGAUAAUUUGGGUGACAAUAUCAAGACGUCUAAAUCCAUUGAAAAAUCAAGUCUUCAGAUCAAAAAACCAGCUCCUCCACAGCCACCUGCCAACCGAAAACCUUUAGCCCAGACGGGAAACUCGCGAGCUCCGGUCCGCCGUGCGAGCGGGCCCAGUGCAGCGCGCGCUCAGCCGCCGACGUCGCGGUAUUACCCCGAGCCGCCGCCGCCCGCCAGGAGGGCCCCGGCCCCGCCGGCGCGCCGCGCUCCGCCGCCACCAGCCCCGAGGCGAUACUCGCAGGACUAUCGCAGCCGCCGUCGCUAGAGAAGAACACCUCACCCGUUAUGGUCAAGCCUUACCCUGGCGUGUGCGAAGUUAUCCGGGAGGCGUUUGGAAGACAAGGGCUAGAUAUAGACACAAUAAACAUUAUGAUUCAAUCCUUAGCCAAGAAUACUUUGCAACAGUAUAACUCAACUUAUAAAUUAUGGUUUUCUUUUUGUAAAGACAAUAACUUAGAUUUCUUUGAGGUAAAUGUUCCAACGUUACUAAAAUUUUUGUCACAAGAGUUCAAAAAUGGUGCUAGCUAUAGUUCAUUAAACUGUAUGAGAUCAGCGCUAUCAGUAAUUUUAGGUAAAGGAAUUUGUACGAAUGAUUACAUAGCAAGGUUCCUAAAAGGUGUCUUUAAAAAUAGGCCAAGUUUUCCAAAAUAUAAAAAUACGUGGGAUCCCAAUUCGGUGUUGACAUAUCUUUCUAGUCAAUUUCCUAAUGAAUCAUUACCUUUAGAAAUUAUUACCAAAAAAUUGGUGACUCUGCUCGCGUUAUCCACGGGACAACGUGUUCAGACGUUAUCAUUAAUUAAAUUGUGUAAUGUUAAUAUUAGUGAAACAUGCAUUAAUAUCAUUAUAGACGAGAUACUUAAAUCAUCUGCACCUAACAAGAACAAUCCAAGAUUGCAGAUUCCAUUCUUCAGUGAAAAGCCCUGUAUUUGCCCUGCGAGAGUUCUCUCUGCCUAUAUUCACUUAAUAAAAGAUGUGCGAAAUGAGCCAGAUACAGACCGGCUAAUCUUAACAACUAAAAAACCUUUCCAUAACGCCAGC